AUGGAAGUUGCAGAAGAUGCCGCGCGCGAUCAAGAUACCGAGGUCCGCGACCCCUGGGAGUCCAUCAUCGCCAUCGACGUGAAAGACAAAAAGAUAAUGGGAUGCAGCAUCUUCUCCACAGCCGACGGCCUGCUUAAGAUAGCGAACGACAUACCCAUGGCAAACGAAAAUGUAGCAGAACAGUUUCUCAACUUCGCGCAGGCGACGACGAUUCUGAUGUCACGGCGAGUUCCCGAAACAAUCCUGACCUUUGUUGAGAAGCAUGUUGAGAGGAAUGCCAAAGAACCCACUUUUCACCUAAUGUCGCCUUCUGAUUUCUCGCACAUGUUUGCUUGCGAGGAAUUGUCAUCGCUAUAUCCUCGUGGAGUUUCCUCAUUUCCGAGUGCAUCGCCAUCGAACACUGAGAGGCAAUAUGUUGGAAACACUACCCAAAAUCUAAAAAAUCCCGAUCACCAAGAGCCACAAUGCAUGAAACUAAUCCGCUGCGGCUCUUUAAUUGAUUUGGAUAGUGUUGCAUCUCUGAGCUGCGCAGGCGCCAUUUUUACAGAGUUACACCGACGUCGGUCACUCGCAUCCUGCUCUGGCAGCUCUAGCGCAGAAUCUCUGUUUGAUGUGAGAUCCAUCACAAUGUUCAACUUAUCGGAUCACGUUUUCAUCGGCGAGGAGUCUCUUCUAUCCCUCCAGAUUAUCAAUCAUGAGUCACACCCAAAUAGCCAAGCAUGGAAUGUCGACUCUAAAAGCUCAGCUGAAAAGGAGAAUCUAUCGGUAUACGGUCUUCUUCAUCCAUUAGCUUCCACCCCUCAGGGUCGAGCCCACCUCCGACACAUGUUUCUUAAUCCCACAUCAAAUCUACGCAUCAUCACAGAUAGGCAGCGUACCAUUUCCAUGCUUCUCGAACCCAAGAACGAGGAAAAGACAAGACGCGCUAGCUCUAUCCUACGGAAAGGUACUCUAAGAAGAUUCGCAUCUCAGUCCCUUAAACUGAGAGAGGUUGCAAUCGCUUUCUCCGACACGAAUCAGGGUAGUAUCAUCCGCAAGAUUAUCGAUGGAAUUACGCCCCAAGCCCUGACUCGAGUAGGCGACAUGAUUGAUAGAGUCGUCAACUUUGAGGAGACCAAGUCCCAGCAGCGCUAUUCAGUCAAACCCGGCAUUGACGUUGAACUAGAUGAAUUAAAGCGGCAAUAUGAUGGCAUGAAUAGUCUCUUAACAGAAGUUGCCAACCACGUCGCCCAAGAUUUGCCAAUAUGGGCACGUCGGCAUAUCCGAUCUUGCAUCUUCCUCCCUCAGCUUGGGUUUUUGACUGUAGUUGAGCAAGAUUCUCAACAAUCCGGCAGAAGGUUUGAUGUGGAAUGUACAGGCGACGGUCUGUGGAAGAAAUCAUUCACUAAUAAUGAAUCGGCAUACUACAAAAAUCGCCAUAUGAUGGACCUCGACGACCAGGAAGUUGAGGUGAUGCAGAAGUUGGCCGUGGAUAUCAUAGCCCACGAGAAUACACUUCUGGCAGCUGCAACUAUUUGCGGGGAGUUCGAUGCCCUCCUUGCCCUUGCUAUUGGCGCUGCAAAGUAUGGCUGGAACGCACCUCAGAUGACAACUGCAAAUACCAUUCACAUCACAGGUGGAAGGCAUCCGCUGCAAGAGUUGCUGACUCCUUCGUUUAUCCCAAAUGAUUGCUACAUCGGCGAUGACAGCACUACACCAGGACACCCGGUCCAAGCGCUAGUAUUAACUGGACCAAAUCAGUCUGGAAAAAGUAUAUACAUCAAACAAGUUGCAGUUAUUGUGUACUUGGCACAUAUAGGGAGCUUUGUGCCGGCUGAUGAAGCCGUGAUAGGCACUGUGGAUAAAAUCUUGACUCGAAUCUCGUCACAAGAGAGCGUGUCCGGUACUGGAAGCACCUUCGCUCUGGAUCUCAAACAAGUCUCACACGCCAUGAAAUAUUCUACAUCACGAAGCUUGGUCAUACUGGACGAGUUUGGAAAUGGAACUACAGCCGAUGAUGGUGCUGGGAUGUUUACAGCAAUGCUGGACUAUUUCCUUUCUUCAGCAGAGCAGUCACCAAAAGUAUUGGCUGCUACACAUUUUUCCGAAGUAUUUGCCAAUGGAUACUUAGAACGCUAUGACCAACUUGCAUUGGCACACAUGGAUGUGCGAAUCGACUUGGACGCUGUCGAUGCUGAAGAUAAAGUCACUUACUUAUUCAAGCUGGUUGAAGGAUACAGCUCUACAAGCCUUGGCAGCCAAUGUGCUUUAAUAAGCGGUGUGCCAGAAGAGGUCACUAAUCGAGCAGAGGCAAUAGGGAAAUUACUGAGUCAAAAUGAGGAUUUGACUUAUAUUUGGUCAAAGGUAAAUGACAGAGAAACUGAUUUCAAUCAUGUAUAUCAAGAAGUCGAAGAGUUUUUAAACCUCGACCUAAGUGCAUAA